AGUUAUCGCAAGUCAAUGAGAGAGUACAAAUAACAAGUGAGCCGUUCACGUUUAAAUUUGAAUUUUAUAUGAGAAAACGAAAGUAUUAUAUACGAUCGAGAAAUGACAGAAUCCACGUCCGACGUGCCAGAGGAGAAGGAAGCCGCAAACACGACACCCAUCUGCGGGAAGCACUGUAGGGAGAUGCGCAAGGACAAGUUACCCCCUUAUCUUCGAGACAGAGAAAGAAUACUCUAUCCACGUAACACGAGAACUCUGCCAAAAAUACCGGUGGUUGGCGGGCAACCUAUCGAAGAAGAAACAUGCAUGGCUUUAAGAACGUUAGUCUUCGGUUCCUGCGCGAGCCCACCUAAAAUUGAAUGGACAAGGACCGGGUUAACUUUACGACCAUAUGGUCAGAGUUUGGCAUUUGGAUUAAGAACUCCUAGGAACACAACGAGAGGUCUCGUCACCGCAGUACAAGCUAUCAUGUUAAAGCACUUUUUGUUCAAGCGCGAUAAACAAGAUUUACACGCAGGAUCCGAAGCUUUAUUGAAACCUUCGUACGAACGACAGAUCGAUGUAUUGACUUCCGCGAUAUCGGAGAUCAUUUGGCGUUGCGCUGAUGGUUUUUCCGUUUCCACGUGCGCAAAUGUUGUCAGUGCCAACACCGUGCCAAAGGCCGUGGUGGUUUUACCACAGGACACACCAUAUCUUCAACAUAGUGUACAGUAUUUUCAAGAUGGAUUGACAGAAACGCUACAGCUCUUCGAAUUCAAUUCUUUGGAGGAUUUGGAGAUAUUUAUCAAGAGAUACUUAUACCUAUUUCAUGACGAAGGCGGACCUGGUGCAACGUUACUUUUAUACAGCGCAAUGCUCUCGAGAGGCCUCUCAAAAGUACAGAAUGAUUUGGAAGAUUCAAAGGCAUCGAUUCUUGGUGGAUGUCCAGAAGAAGGCCCGAUCAGUAUCGUUAUCUUUAUUUUAACUGGUCGUGCUUCACCACAUGUCCAUAAUGGAGUACUUCACGUUGGCGAUGAAAAUACAUAUGCCGUACCACAAUGGGGCGUUCUUACGAGAAGUGAAGUGGGAUUUUUAAUACACGAAGGCGAUGGUAAUAUAAGCAAACAACCGGGUUCGCGUUUGAAGACACCCAGUCUACCGAUAUGGGUGACUCUCUGCCUCGGUCAUCACGGUGUGCUCUUCAAUACGAAUCGCGAGUUACUGAGAAAUUAUCACGCAGAACGACGUUUCGAGGUCCAAUAUUUUACCUGCGGUGGCAGUCACGCUACGUUGACGGUAGAUACCAGGGCAAACGAAACUUGCGGAGUAUCAGACGCUGCAACAAUGGAAGCAGCUGAUAUCGCAGCAACGCCUUUGGAGAAGCUCAUUCGAUCCAAAUGGCAGGAUGCUCUCAUACAAUGGAACGGAACACCGGUGAUGUGAAGGAAUACGAAAAAAUGACGAUUUGUGUUAAGCUGUGUAAUUCGUGAUGCUAAUCGAGCACUCAUCGAUCGCUGCGUGCGCUUAAUCGCAACCAAAUGCUUCUUAUUAUUGAGAAUUAAUAUUUAAGUACAAGUAGAUAUUAUUUGCAUUGCAAUGUAAUUUUGCGUACGAUAAGAUCAAUCUUUGACGCUUUC